AUUGAGAGCAAUUGAGAAAUUGCAAUUAGGGGAAAAUAGAGGGGUGCUUUCAGUAUACACUGAAGAAGUCAGCACAAACGAAUUGUAUACACAUACAUAAUGCUGAACGAAGCGCUGGAUUGGAUAAAAUAGAGAGAGAUAAAAUCUUUUUUCAAAUAAUUCAAUGUAUAAACCGAGCUGAUGUCGAUCACUUAUUUCUCCAAUUGUACAUGCAAUAUCUUCAAAUACAAAUACUUUGCUAGUAAAUUAUGCAACAAGAAAUGCUUAUUCAAAUAUCUGCUAAAUCCAAUAAAAAGACGCUACAGACUCUUGUUACAUGUUGCUCUUACGUAUUUAAUCAUGUAUCCGUGGAUGCUCAAUGAUUCAAAUGAUUUAGUGGUUCAUUGAGUGGGUGAUGCUCACAUACGUAUUGAUUCCGCGACCUUAGGAUCAUAUCUGUGUUCCUGUCAGCUUAGACCUAUUCAAAUAUUAUGUUGAGAUCAAAGAGGCUAAAUUUCUUAGUGAAAAUUCAAGAUUCCUUCUGUUUACCAAACAAUCAAUUAAGAGCAGCAUUUACAGCAUUUACAGCAU